AUGUUAGAUGUGAAGGAUGUGAAAUAUGUCAUCAACUAUGACUUCCCGGGAUCUCUCGAGGAUUAUGUUCAUCGUAUCAGUCGAACAAGAAGGGCUAGUGCCAAAGGAACGGCAUACACUUUUUUCACGGUUGCAAAUGCCCGAUUUGCAAAGGAACUCAUUAGCAUCCUCGAGGAGGCUGGACAGAAGGUCAAGGGAGUUUCCGAGAUCAUGGGAGAGGUUUUGGCAGUGGGCGUUCUUGGAACUGAUAUAGUGCUUGAUGGAAGAAAAAUUGGAAAGCUUCAACAAUAUCUCGGUACUCAUGCCCAAGGCUAUGCACCAAAUCAUAGUCCAGCAAAGGAGACCAAUGGGGCAAUGAUCGAGGAAAUGCGUCCGGUUGAUACGACGUCGUAA